AAUGCAAAUCGGAUAAAACCGCAAUCCAUGGCGCACCGCACCGGUGCGCGACGGCCAGGCCAACCGUUAGUCACCUCGUCGCGGACAAUACGUCAUCAUCCGACAACCAACGGGUACCUAGGUACGAAACACCGCACCGCGUGGAGAUUUGCCUGAUGAUGUGGUUGAUGGUUGGAGAGCGAAUUAGCGCGCGGUUGUAGGUGGCAAUUAGCCGAGGCCCGCGCGCGCAGAUUCCAGUAGUGGAAAUCUUGACCACAGGUAAAAUUAUAAUCCAAUGAAACAAUAUCGCUAAUGAUAAACACCAGUGGCAACUAUAAGGUGGAGCAAUUUGGUUAAUGGAAGGGGUGAGGGAUAAGGUUCUAUGGGUACAGCUUUCCCAGAAUGUGGUUAUCCAGAACGGUUGGAGUAGAUCAGUUCAGAAGGUGAUUUGGUACAGUACGGUCUUGGUAGGAGGAUGUUGUGGAGAUUUUGGGCAGUUAUUGUGUUCUUUGGGGACUAUACUUUGGGUUUCAAUCAGUCGUCGUCGUCGCCGUUCUUGGUGGAGGAAAAGGACGCUCUGUUGACGGUGCCGCAGUUGAUCCGGAAAUACGGAUACGAAGUCGAAGAGCACGAGGUCGUUACAGAAGAUGGCUAUUUGCUGGCGAUGUUCAGGAUUCCGGGUAGCAAGGGUGCUCGAAGGUAUCCAGUGUUCAUGAUGCACUCGUUGUUCAGUAGCUGUGCCGAUUGGGUGGUGAUCGGUCGAAAGCAUGGUUUGGCGUAUCUGCUGGCAGAUCGUGGCUACGAUGUCUGGAUGGGGAACGCCCGGGGUAAUCGUUACUCCACGAAGCACCAACGGCUGUCCACGGUCUCGCCCAAAUUUUGGGACUUUUCGUUUCAUGAGAUUGGAUACUACGACGUCCCGGCGUUGAUAGACUACGUCCUUGAGCAAACGGAAGCUCGAAGACUACAGUACAUCGGCUUCUCGCAAGGAGCGAUGACCAGCUUUGUUGCGCUGAGCAGUCGACCGGAAUACAAUGAGAAGAUCCUUCAACUGCACGCGUUGUCUCCAGCAGUUUACAUGUAUCGUAGUGGAAGUGCAUUGAUUAGAGUAUUAGUGACGCUCUUGCCUUCAAUCAUAGACGUGUUUAUGUCUAUUGAGAAGUACGAAUUUUUACCGUUCAACGAUCAGCAGUAUUACUUGUACCGAUGGCUGUGUCCCGCUCCGAAGCAAACGAUUUGUCGAGCCAUCAUCUACGAUGUUGUUGGACGAAACCCUACGCAAUUGGACGCGAAAAUGCUACGGAUCUUCCUUGGACACUUUCCUGCGGGGUCAUCUCUCAAGCAGGUAACUCAUUACGCGCAGAUUAUAAAGGAUGGGAUCUUCAGGCAGCUGGACUAUGAAGACCCGAAAAAGAACCACCAAGUCUACGGGUCCAACGUGGUCCCACGAUACAACCUCUCUCAGGUAACGGCUCCAGUGAGGACCUACUAUGGAUACAAUGACAACACCGUAGUCUACCUCAACGUGCUUCAGCUGGAGAGUGAACUGUCAAACGUGGUCAGCAGCUAUCCAGUGCCGGACAAACGCUUCAGUCAUGUAGAUUUCAUACUGGCAAACAAUGUCAAAGAAAUUCUGUACAAAGAGAUUAUCAAAUAUGUGGAACAGGCGGAGAGGUCGGGUUCUUCAAAAUAA